GCCGGCGGCGCGCUCUAUACCCCCCCAUAGAGGGGCUGCGGCUCCCCAGAGCGGCUCAGGCGGCGGUCAUGGCGAGGCGGCUGGUGCUGUUCGACCUGGGCGGGGUGCUCUUCACCCCCAGCCCGCUGGGCGCCUUCGGCCGCUACGAGGCGUCGCUGCACCUGCCCAGGAACUUUUUGCAAAAUGUCAUCGUUGGAGCAGGCCCCGAUGGUCCCUAUGCCAGAGCGAUGAGAGGGGAGAUCGCCUUAUCUCAGAUGGUUUCGGAGCUGGAAGAGGAUUGCAAGAAGUUUGCUGCCUCCUCGGGGGCUCCUCUCCCGGAGACGUUCUCCGUAGCACAGGUCUUUGAGGAUUUUACGACACAAGGAAAGCUCAAUACUGCUGUUCUACAAGCUGCUGUAACUCUCAGGAACAAUGGGUUCAGGACGUGUGUGCUCACAAAUAACUGGAUAGAUGACGGCCCUCAGAGACACAUCACGGCUCUCGUGCUCUCUCUGCUGAGGAGGCAUUUUGAUCUGGUGAUCGAAUCUUGCCACGUUGGUCUGAAGAAGCCGGACCCUCGAAUUUACGAGUACGCGCUGGGCGUGCUGAAGGCGAAACCACAGGAGGUUAUUUUCCUGGAUGACAUCGACGCUAACUUAAAGCCAGCCCGGGAAAUGGGAAUAGCCACCAUCCUGGUCAAGGACACGGAUGCUGCCCUGAAAGAACUGCAGGACCUGUGUGGAAUUCAGGUAUCUAGGUUCAGGUCAAAUUCAGCCCAGGUCCAGAUCACUCCUGGCUUUGCAAAACGAAACUCAGAUAAGAUGAGGCUGCCCAACACUAAAAAUGCCCUAAUUUUGCCCAUCUCCGUUAAAGACAGAGGGUCAAAUUGUGCUCCUGGAGUCCAGCUGCAUUUUGUCGAGAUGGGGAAUGGCCCAGUGGUGUGCCUCUGCCAUGGCUUCCCUGAAUCCUGGUUCUCCUGGAGGUACCAGGUAAUGCCAAGCCGGGCCAAUGGCUGGCAGCGGGGCUGUCUGUGUAUCCUCCACCUCUGUGGCAUUUCCCAAGCAGUGUUCAUCGGCCAUGACUGGGGCGGAGCUGUGGUGUGGAACAUGUCCCUCUUUUACCCAGAGCGAGUGAGGGCAGUGGCUGGACUGAACACGCCCUACAGACCAGCGGACCCCAAAGUGGAUAUCAUGGAGACGAUCAAAGCCCGUCCUGUGUUCGACUAUCAGCUUUAUUUCCAGGAGCCGGGUGUUGCUGAGCUCGAGCUGGAGAAGGACCUGAGCAGGACGUUUAGGAUCAUGAUCCGAUCCAUCAGGAAGGAGGACCAGCUGCCUGUUCCACUCAACGCCACCAGCGUCCGGGAGCGAGGAGGGCUUCUGGUUGGCAUGCCAGAAGACCCACCUCCAAGCCAGAUCCUAGCGGGAGCGGAUCUCCAGUACUUCAUCCGGCAGUUUAAAAAGUCUGGCUUCAGGACACCAUUGAACUGGUACCGGAACAUGCGAGCCAACUGGCUGUGGCGCCUGUCUGCAAAAGACAGGAAGAUCCUGGUCCCGGCUUUGAUGGUUACUGCCGGGAAGGACUUUGUUCUCCAUCCUAAUCUGAGUAAAGGCAUGGAGGAGUGGAUUCCCCAGCUGACCUGGGGCCACAUUGAAGAGUGCGGACACUGGACGCAGAUGGAAAGGCCAGCUGCUCUGAAUAAGAUCCUCAUCAAGUGGCUGGAGGAUGUUCACGACAAUUCUUUGCUGCAGAAGAUUUCAAAACUCUGAGUUUGCCCUUGGAAGAUUUCAGCCUCCAACUUCCUGCUUGCUGCUUGUGUGUCGGUGUGGGCCCUGCCAGUAUCACACACCUGAUAAGCUGGGUUUUGCCUCUGGGUUUUGGUUUUCAAGCUAGUCACUGGGAAAGGUGGGGUAGCCGGGGCUCAGCUAGCCACAUCAAGCCGGAUAACUGCCUUUCUUUGCACUGGCGUCGGAAUGCAAGCGUCUCAGCAAGGGAUUGUAGCAUCACGCUCUGAUUUGGGGCAGUUCUCCUGCAUGUGUUGUGAUGCAAGACACCGACGUUUCCUAGGAAAUGAGGAGGCCAAAUCAAAGUCUCAAAGUUGUAGGGAGCAGUAAACCGAGCGUCGUCGUCUAUUUAGCAAAUAAUGUAAACUACAGAAAAAUAGAAUGGGGGGGAAAUUCCCUGGCUAGGAAGCGGCUGAACAUUUCAAUCUAGGAUACAGGGUUUAGAGGGGACGGGUGACUUCCCAAGUGCCUCCUGCAUCUACAGCUGAUUCCGUUAUUAAUAAUACUGAACCACUCAUCUGAAAUCCUGUGAAUAUUUUGUAGGGUUAAGCGUCCACCUCUGGCAUUCAAACUCCCCGCUCUGGGUUUGGUUUGGCUCGGCCCCCAAACCAGAAAGGCCUGUUUUCUAGUUCAGACACGGCCAAUAGCUUUGCGACAAGAGAUGAGUGGAGGAGUUUUUGUCCCAUGAAAGCAGCUAGCGCCCCCUGCUGUCCACUGUUCAGAUUGGAGACCAGUGAUGUCAGUACUGACUUGGCCUCGUGCCCAAACCUUGAACCUGGCCAGCAGCUAGUCAAGUCCUAAGCACUGCCUUGCUUGUGAUCAGGGUUUAUUUUCAUUGCGAUUGAGGCUUUUGUUGUCAGUUUAAGCUGUACAUUGAGGGUUUAAUACGGGCUUUGCUGGAUACUAAUAGCUCUUUUAUGCUGCUUUGAAAACUUGCUUCUGCUUUUGUUAUUUCAAGCGUCUUUUGUAACCCAGCAACCGAAAUAAAUCCCAGAAUUGAUCUCA